CGGGCCCGAACCGACGUUGCGGAUGAGACAGAGACUCGUCUGAACAUGAUGCCUAGUCAAGGUCGUCCGAACACGGAACUUGUCGCAGAUCCAGCUGAUCGCAGUGAUCCGGGGGGACGUGCAAUGCUCAGCGGCCGAUCCCUGCCAAGCUUUUGGACAAUGGUUCUGGGGUGGAUCAAACACGCCCGCCUGCUACAAACUCGAUGCUCGUCUAGCUCGAGCCUAUGCCAUUGAACCCACUGCCCCGUUAACCCAAGCACUACGAGCUCAUCGGUGGCGGGCGCGGCGGGCUGGAAAUUCGAGACGACCCGGAUGAGCAUGACGGCGCUCAGGGACGGCGAUUUCAAAUGCCUUCCGAAGGCGUCUAGUAAUGUGGUACAUGCCUGGUCCUGAAGUCCGGAAUGGCCAAGAUCGUCGUCACUCACGCCUGACCAUGCGACGACACGAGGACUAUAUAAGAGAGACCAAUCUUUCUCCUAGACCUACCAGAUCAUCUCCAUCAUCAACAAUCACAUUCUCUUCAAGCAUUUCUACACGGCCAGGCGUCGCUCAUUCACUAAGUACUUAUUAAUAUAACGUUCACUUUUCUACCAACCCAUCUUCUUCUACCAACAUCCAAAAUGGUUCGCAUCACUGCUGCUGCUGUCCUGGCUUUUGCCUUCUCUACUCUCGCUCUGGAGCCCAAUGAUGCCGGUGCUAAGAGCGUCGGUGCCGGUGACGCCUCCCAGUUCAUCACCGGCGGCUGCGUCAACGACGCCGACUGCUCCUCCGCCUGCUGCGCCGAGAUCUCCGGCUCUGGCCUCGGAAUAUGCUCCGCCGAGGCCGCCUCCGAGCAGAACGGCAAACUUGGCUGUGGCUUCGUCGACCCCAACGCGGCUGCUACUAUUAAAGCCGCUGAGGCCCAGGUUGAGAAGCAAGGCUUCUAAGGGACUUGUUAAUGACUGUAUGAUGGGAUUCACUAAUGGGCCAUGAUCUGGAGUACUGUGGGCCUUGGUUGCCCAAGGAGGAUGCUGCUUACGAAGUCAUGUCUCCAACCAUUAGAUUCACUGAUGCUAUGCCUACCAUAGCAAUAGGAUCAUUAUUGAAAUCACAUUCCAUGCUCAUUUUG